UUCCAACAACAAUCAUUCCAACCGCAAGGUGGUCAAGGGUUCCAACAACAACAAUCCGAUAAGUUUGCGAAAUUUGAAGACCUAGUUACCACAUUUGUGAGUACUAGUUCCUAAAAGUUUGAGAAGAUCGAGCAAUUCAUGGAUGUAGAAACAAACAGUUUUCUUCUGUUGAGACGGGUCUAAGAAGCCAUCAAGCAAGUCUUCAAAACAUGGAGUCUCAAAUCGGCAAUCUUGCCGGGAUCCUUACCGAGAGACCAAGGGGAUCUCUACCUCCCCAAACUAUUGCCAACCCCAAGGAUCAAAAUGCCAGGUUGAAUGUUAUUCUCUUGAGGAGCAGGAAGGUAACUCCGGAUGUUGUUGCUAAGGAGGUAAUCAAAGAAGAAAAGACCCCUCCAACAGUUGAUGAUCAAGAACUCCCGGAAGGAGAAGGGGGAGAGGAUAAGAAGGCAUUGCCAAAGCCACCACUAGUGGCUGAGUACGAGCCUCCUAUUCCUUUACCUACGAGAGUGCACAAGGACCAGUUGGAGGCGGAAUGUGGAAAGUUCAUGGAGAUUCUCAAGUAGCUCCACAUUACAAUUCCUUUCUUGGAGGCGAUGGUGUACAUGCCAAGGUAUGCCAAGUACCUAAAGGGGCUUCUUGCGAAGAAGCAAAAGUUUGAAGAACUCGUAAUCGUCACCUUAGGCGAGGAGUGCUUGACCUUCAUUCAGAACAAGUUGCCUAAAAAGCAACAAGAUCCAGGUAGUUUCACUAUCCCUCUUUGCAUCGUAGCAUAUGCCAUAUAGAAAAUUUCUUGGCGGAUUUAGGUGCAAGCAUGAUUCAGGCCCAAAUGUACACAUUUUACCCCUCAUUUCUUAUUCUUUUAGCUUAGUAUUUCAUCGUUCAUCGAUAUAUUUCACGGCAGGUUGUGCUUGUUUUGAUACAUUUCAGGUCCUAGCACGUGUGGAAGGGUCGAGGACGAGUUUUGGGAUAUUUAGAGGUCAAAAAGCGCAGAAACCGAAGAAAAGUGUGAUGACCGUGACAAUUGCCCCAUAACAGUGAAGUGAAGGCGUCCCAGGAAACAACCGCAAUUCAUGGCCGGAUAAGGCAGUUCAUGGUCUCCUAAGACCGUGAACAUGGACCACAAGCUAUGUACAUCGAGCAGUCCAGCGAGGUUCGUGAAGUUACUGACGACAAGGCAGUUCACGAUCUCUAAGACCGUGAACUGGGGCCAUUGACCGUGAACCCAGGCGAGUGAAGCGGCACUUUUUGGACGACACCGAGGUCAAGGACGGGUUUAGGUGUUCACGACUGUGAACUGGUCACUCUCGGGCAAAUAUGAACACAACGGUGGGGAGAGACAAAGGAGAGCCGGUUUUUCUGGAGAAGAAACACUUUCUUUCUCUAGGGUGUCAACCUAAACACCAAAGGGGAGUUCUAGUGAGAGAGAGAGAGUGCUAGAGUGAUCUUGGAGCAUCAUUGGUGGCUUGGGUGGAAGAUUCAAGCCUAGAAGAAGAAGAAGAUCUUGAGCUCAAAUUUGUAAUCCCUCUCUCUCUAGAAACUCACUCUUUUCUCUUUAGGUGUUGUAGAUCCCUAACUAAUACUUUGUAAGUACUUGUUUAGAUUGAAUGAUUAAGUGUGGGUUUGCAUCAAUUUGAGUAUUAGAGGUGUUUUUAUGGUGAUUGUGCAUGCUCAUGGUUAGCAAUCUAAGGGUUGUGCAUGUUUUGUGCUUAGCAUCCUUAGGUUUGUGCAUUUUGGUGCUUAGCAACCUAAGGAUUGUGCAUAAUUGUGCUUAGCACCCUUAGGUUUGUGCAUGUUGGUGCUAGCAAUCUAAUUAGCCACAUUAGCCUAGCUUAGAGAGGAAAAUACCCUUUUGAGGGAGACUCAAUCGAGUUGGUUUUCCUUCCGCUUUCUAAGCCACCUAAACUAGGUUAAGUUAGGGCAACCCUCAAUAUUGAGUUAAGCAAAUCGGUUAAUCGUGAUCAAGUCGUCCAACCUUAGAGUUGAGUGAGGGAGUAAGUGAACUACCGAUUGUCUAAACCGAGAGGGUCGAGUGACACGGCCUUUCAUGCUUACCUCGGUCUAGCAAUUGAGAUUGUGGUCUCCAACCAUAUAUGCAUCCCUCUACGGUUCACGAUUACCAGUUUGCAUCUAGGUUGGUUGCAAUUAAGCCGCUCAAACUCCGGUUUGAUGGAGUGACCUAGGCAACCACUAGUGACUGAGUGAGAGGAUCGAUCCAGUGACAAAUCGACCUCCAGUGAAUCGAUCCCGUGACAAAUGGAUCACUAGUUGCUCCUCCUAGUGCUUCCCCUAGAUUUGGUGAGUGGAUCGAUCCCGUGACAAAUCGAUCGCUAGUGAUUCGAUCCCGUGAUAAAUCGAUCCCUAGUGA